GCGGAACUGGCAGCAUGCACUCGGACGAUGUUGUCUGGGAUAUGCUGGGAAACAGACAGUUCUGCUCCUACAAGAUAACGACGAAGACUCAGAACUUCUGCCGCAAUGAGUACAACCUCACCGGCCUCUGCAACCGCUCCUCCUGCCCCCUGGCCAACAGCCAGUAUGCCACUGUCAGGGAGGAGAAAGGCCGCUGUUACCUGUACAUGAAGACAAUCGAGCGGGCGCCCUUCCCCCGCCGCCUCUGGGAGAGGGUCCUGCUAAGCAAGAACUAUGAGAAAGCUCUGGAGGAGAUCGAUGAGAACCUCAUCUACUGGCCGCGGUUCCUGCGGCACAAGUGCAAGCAGCGCUUCACCAAGAUCACUCAGUACCUGAUCCGCAUCCGCAAGCUGACCCUCAAGAGACAGAGGAAGCUCGUUCCUUUACGCAGGAAGAUCGAGAGGCGAGAGAAGAGGAGAGAGGAGAAGGCCCUGAUUGCUGCCCAGCUGGAUAAUGCCAUUGAGAAGGAAUUGCUGGAAAGACUAAAGCAGGAUACAUAUGGAGACAUCUACAACUUCCCCAUUCAUGCCUUUGACAAAGCUCUGCAGCAGCAGGACGCCGAGAGCGACUCUGACACAGAGAAGGAAGAGGAAGAUGAGGAGGACAUGGAUAAAAGGGAGUUUGUGGAAGCAGAUGACAGUGACCUCAGUGACUUUGAGGACAUGGAUAAAUUGGAGACAAGUAGUGAAGAGGAGCAGGAAGAGGAGGAAGAAGUAGAGAAGAAAGCCUUUCCCUCCAAAUCAAAAGGGAAAACUCCCCUGAAAGGCCCAGCCAGGAGAAAACGUCCUUACAUCGAGAUAGAGUAUGAAGAAGAGACAGAGCCAGCCAGCAAAACAAAAGCAGCUUGAGCCCUUCCCAGCCCCCACUCUGUACUGACUGACAGGAGCCCAGCUGCCAAGUUGCAGGCCCCUCAGUAACUCCUCCUUUUCCCAUGCUCUAAUGGUUUUCUUGAAAAAAAAAAAUAAGAAAACUCCUGACUCCAGGCCCUGCAGCAAGUUUGUACAGCCCCCCACAAAGCACAGCUUGAAGGAAGAAGUCUUCCUCCCCCCCUCUCUUCAGCCUCACAGCUCAGGCUGUGCUCCAGGAAGGAACCUGGGCCUGGGGGACACUGCUGCUUUCUUCUGGAGAAGCCCACGGGAGGCAUGGGGAGAGCACAGCAAUGUGUCUGCUUUGGGUGAGGUGUGGGGCUGAAGGAUGGGAUAAGGAG